CAAUUAUUGAAAAUAAAAUGAAGAAAACAAAUUGAAAGAUUACGAGUUGGUUUACACAUCAAAGCAGUGGCUCUGAUCUUUUUUCGUGUGCAAAGAAAACACAAAACAAAACACUCAUCAACGCCCUAAACGAUUCGAACCUUCAAAAACGUUCGUUAGGUUUUAACAAAUCUCAAUUUCUUCCGAUCUCUACCGAUUCCGCCAUAUCCGAUUUACUCCAAUACAGAUCCAACACCAGUAGCAGCAGCAGCAGUUACACAAUAAGAUAACAAUGUCAGUACAAGACUAUUUGGAUAAGCACAUGCUCUCUCGGAAGAUCGAAGAUGCCGUCAAUGCCGCUGUUAGGGCUAAAACCGCCGAUCCUGUUCUAUUCAUUUCUAAUCAUAUGCGGAAAGCAGUUCCUUCGGCGAUUACUAAGGUUAAGGCUAGGCAGAUUCUUGAUAGUAGAGGAAUUCCUACGGUUGAAGUUGAUUUGUAUACGAAUAAAGGAAUGUUUAGAGCUUCUGCUCCAAGUGGUGCUCCUUCUGGAAUGUACGGGGCUAUUGAGUUACGCGAUGGGGAUAAGGCAACGUAUCUUGGAAAUGGUGUAAGCAAAGCUGUUAAGAAUAUCAAUGAGAAGAUAUCUGAAGCUAUAGUUGGCAUGGACCCGAUUCUGCAGAAUCAAAUUGAUCAGGCAAUGAUAGACUUGGACAAGACGGAGAAAAAGGGUGAACUUGGAGCAAAUGCAAUAUUAGCUGUUUCAAUUGCUGCUUGCAGAGCUGGAGCCGCUGAGAAGGAGGUUCCACUUUACAAACAUAUUGCUGAUCUUUCCGGUGGAGGAAACCAUGUUCUCCCUGUUCCUGCAUUCACGCUAAUAAGUGGUGGAAAACAUGCUGGGAACAAUCUGGCUUUACGAGAGAUAAUGAUUCUGCCAGUUGGGGCACAAACAUUCGAGGAGGCCAUGCAAAUGGGAUCUGAGACGUAUCAUCAUUUAAAGGCAGUUAUUGCAGAGAAAUACGGUCCACAUGGAUGUAAUGUUGUUGAAGAUGGCGGCCUUGCUCCUGAUAUCACCAGCUUUAGAGAAGGACUUGAUCUUGUAAUGGAGGCAAUUGGCAGAACAGGGUAUACCAAUAAACUCAAGAUUGCAAUUGAUGUUGCUGCCACUGAUUUCUGCAUAGGUUCAAAGUAUGAUUUGGAUUUCAAAUCUCCCAAAAAAUCAGGACAAAACUUCAAGUCAGGAGAAGAAAUGAUUGAAAUCUACAAAGAACUAUGUAAAGACUAUCCGAUUGUGUCAAUUGAGGAUCCAUUUGACAAGGAGGACUGGGAACAAGUCAAGUUUUUUUCUGGGCUCAGAAUUUGCCAGGUUGUUGGAGAUGGCUUGUUGAUGUCGAAUCCAAAACGUAUAGAAAGAGCCAUCCAGGAAAAUGCUUGCGACGCGCUUCUUCUCAAGGUGAACCAACUUGGGACGGUGACGGAAGCCAUUGAAGUAGUGAAGAUGGCAAAGGAUGCUAAAUGGGGGGUGGUGAUAUCACAAAGAAGUGGGGAGACUGAUGAUUCUUUUCUAGCUGAUCUGUCGGUUGGUCUUGCCACAGGUCAGAUAAAAGCAGGUGCUCCUUGCCGAGGAGAGCGGUUAGCCAAGUACAACCAGCUAAUUAGAAUUGAAGAGGAGAUUGGCGAGCAGGCUAGUUAUGUUGGCGAGAACUGGAGGCACUCCUGAUCCUUUACAAAAUGGUUUUUUUUGAUUCAUAGCAUCAGGGUGCAUCAGCGAGGUCAGAAAUUUCGCCUAUUAGAGUGUUUUUCAAGGGGUUUUUUUUUUUUUUUUUUUUAAUAUGGUUGAGAUAACGUAUUGAAUUGUUUGGCAGAUCCUUAACUUAAAGUGGGAAUUUUUUUAUUAUUUUUUAAAAAUUAGUUGUGAUAUUUGUA